AUGAGCACGGCGGAGCAUCCUGCGCAAGUGCUGGGACAGGGUGUGGGAUGGGCUGUCGUCGUGGGCCUCGGCCUGGCGUUUGCGGCGUUCAUGAUCAGCUUGACAUGGAUCCAAUCGCGAUACACGGAGCACAAGGCGACGUCCGUGGAAGAGUUUAGUUCGGCGUCGCGUUCUGUCAGGCCGGGCUUGAUUGCCGCCGGCAUUGUAUCGGCCUGGACCUGGGCGGCGACACUGCUCACUAGUGCGUCGAUGACAUAUCAGCACGGCGUGGCAGGAGCGUACUGGUACUCAGCGGGUGCGAUGCUCCAGAUUCUGCUGUGCUCGAUCAUGGCAUGCAAGUUGAAGAGCUUUGCGCCGUUUUGUUCCACUUACCUGGAGAUCAUUCGCAUUCGGUACGGCAAGCCCGUGCAUGCUGUUUUCAUGGCCUUUGCGUUUGUCACCAACUUGCUCGUAUCGUCCCAGCUCGUAUUGGGAGGCGCAGCUGUGGUGCAUGAACUGACGGGACUGCACAAGCUUGUCGGCAUUUUCCUGAUACCUUUCAGUGUGGCUGUGUACACCGUCACAGGAGGUCUUCGAGCUACGCUGAUCGCGGAUUAUGUGCACACGGUCGGUCUGCUGGUCAUCAUUUUGUACUUUUUCUUUCGUGUAUGGACAGGCCACGGCUUGAUUGGCAGUCUGUCUCACAUGGUCGAGCGCCUAGAACACGCCGCUCGGAUCAAGCCGGUGGCGGGUAACGCAGGUGGCUCGUACCUGACGAUGCGGUCGCAGGGCGGUCUCUUGUUUGGUAUUAUCAACGUGUGCAGCAAUGUAGCGGCGGUAUUUUGCGACCAGUCGUAUCACCAGCGCUCGAUUGCGUCGUUGCCUGCCACAGCAUCGCGUGGAUUCCUGCUCGGUGGUAGUGCGUGGUUCCCCAUCCCCUUUGUGUUUGGCACGACCAUGGGGUUGGCUGCUCGCGCCCUUGUGCACCAGGUGCCGACGAUGUAUGAGCUCACGUCGAAGCAGAUAGCUGAUGGUCUGCCGGCGCCGUCCGUGGCCGUGGUCUUGUGCGGCAGGGGCGGAGCGGUGGCCAUGCUGAUUCUCCUGUUUCUGGCUGUCACGUCAGCUACGUCUGCACAGCAAAUCGCCGUGUCAUCCGUUUUUGCGUUUGACGUGUGGAAGGUGUACGUGCAUCCGAGCCCUCGUGGACAGCACAUGCAGAUGAUCACGCACGGCGCCGUGUUGGUCUGGGCCCUCAUCAUGAGUCUUUUUGGCUUGGUCUUGGAUUACGGAGGCAUCGGCCUCGGGUGGGUGUACACCAUGAUGGGGAUUGCCGUGGCGCCUGCUGCGUGUCCCAUCUUUGCUUCGCUGGUGUGGAAGAAGACCCAUCCACAUGCCUGUGUUGUGGGCAUGAUGCUGGGCUGCGGGCUUGGCAUGACGACAUGGCUCGUGACGGCCGGCAUGUUGUAUGGCCGUAUCACCGUCGAGACCACGGGCGAGCAGUACCCGACGGUGGCAGGCAAUCUCGUAUCGCUGCUCGUGUCAGGCAUCGUCGUCGUCGGAUGGAGUCUUGUCCAGCCGAAGAACUAUACGUUUGCGGAUACGCGCGCCUUCCAUGCACCCAAGGAUCUCUUUGCCAUGCGUGAUCCGAUGGGAUCGACGCUAAGCGAGCGCGUCGAGGAAAAGUGUGGCGCGGCAGACUCGGAGGUGAGCAAGCCCGUCGUGGCGCUGGCACCAUGGGAGCAGGAUGCUGGCGAAAACAACAUCGAGUACGUGCGUGCUGCAGGGCUGGAUCCUGUGGAGAUGGCGGCGCAAGGGCGCCGCGUCACGGGCAUCGCGGUCACAUGCUCGAUCCUGUUGGUCGCGGUCGUGCCGGCGGUAGCGAUAUGUGCACGGACAUGGACGCCGGCUGGCCUGGGGGUGUGGGUGUACGUCGGACUCCUGUGGCUUGGAUGGAGUGUGUUGGCCGUGGUCAUCUGGCCGCUCUGGGAAGCGCGCACGGAAUGGGUCGUGGUAGGUAGGCAGAGGCGGUGUCGGCGACCCGCGCCACACGGUGAGGAGGGAAAUUCUCCACGCGGCGGGGUCGCUUUUUUUCCGCUUCGCAUGGUUGGGCGGCGAGCACGGCAGCAUGACGUCGCUCUUUAG